AUUAUUGUAUUUUCUAUAAUCUAUGAAAACUAUGUUGUCACAAUAAAUGGUGUCGAUUCUUUUGGAAACAUCUGCAAUCAGGCACACAACAAACACUAUGAAAACUUUUCUCUUUCCGGAACGGACACAUCGAACAAACCAUAUUUACUUUAUUUUGAUAAGGAAAAUUUCGAUGGUCUUGUUAAAAUUUGUGUUGAAUAUUGCCCUAACUUAUUAAUUAAUUAUUUUGAUGAUAUACAUCAUUACCAAAAAGUAAUCCCAACACAAUUAUGUUUUUAUGAUGUCAAUGUUUUGAAACAGACUUUCGCGCCAAUGGAAAAAGAAAUCGGUCCACUUAUGAGCAGAAGAGGGCCGUGUCCUUCAGUAUGUACAAAAAGUAUUCACUUCAAAAAUCGAUGUUUAUAUGAUGAUGAAGAGCAUGAUGACGUCAAACAAUCCUAUGAUGUUCUGAACUCGGGUGGCUUAGACCAAUCAUUCUUCAUAGCAAUCUAUCAAUCAUGGAUUGAUGUUGUUAUUUUGUGUGGCUUUGCUUUUGUCAUAUCUUUACUUUUAAUUGGCCUAAUGUUUCGGUUGACGAAGAACAUAGCAUUCCUCAUUGUCUGGCUUACGGUCAUCAUAAAUGUAGCACUAUGUAUUUGUUUGUGGAUAAAUUUCAAUAACUAUCCUUCUGAUAAUAAGAUUGUGGAUGAUAAGGAUUCAUCUAGUUAUCGUCUCAUUCCGGAAAAAGAAACCGUAAUAUUUCCAAACUAUUUCGAAAGAAUUCAUUGGAACAUUUUGGAUGAAUUUCGGAUAAACAACAUUAUCAUAUUGUGCUUAGCUAUUUUGACAACGUUUAACACAAUUAUUUUGAUGACUCUAGCAUGGAAUUUGAGGAAGCAUUGGAGUCAACUAAAACUGUUAUUUGACGAAGCAGUUGUUUGUAUAAAGAACUUACCGGGACUCGCUAUCGUUCUUCUAAUAGCACUUUUAAGCAUGGUUCUGCUAAUUUUAUUGUCCGGUUACACUUUGUUAUGCAUAACAACCUCCAAGUUCUCUAUCAUAUCACCAACGAGAGAUCCUAUAACAGAUAAUAAGAGUGAAGAUGAUUAUAGUGAAGGAAGACUGUAUCAGCAAAUUGAGUAUGUUGAUUAUAAGCUGAUUCGUCUAUCAUUUUGGAUCUACAUUAUUGUUUUUUUUUGGACAACUGAAUUUAUAUUUGCAUUUGAAGAAUUUUGCAUUGGAAAUGCUGUUGCUUUAUGGUAUUUCUCACCUUCCAAACCUUCUAAUCAGGCAUCCCUACACGCUAUUAAACUUUUGUUCAAAUAUCAUUUGGGAACUAUUGCCAAAGGAUCGGCAGUCAUUUCAUUAGUUAGGUUCCCAAGAUUGGUGUUUACUUUGAUAUUCAAAAGUAUUAAACCAAGAAUCAAUCAGUUAUGGGUUCAACGCUUACAAUAUUUUGAUGAACGAAUUGGAAUUUGGAAUCAUGGCGCUUAUGUCCCAGCUGCAAUUUUAACGACUGAUUUACAAACAUCUGCCGAAGUUACUUUUAAAAUAUUUAUGAAGAAUGCUGAAAAAGUUGAAAACAUCAGUAAUGUAUUUGAUUUUGUUUUAUUUCUGAGCAAAUUCCUUGUGGCAAUUUUAACUUGCUUAUUGGGAAUUAUACUUUUGAAGUUCAUAAAGGAUUAUUUAGACAUAGACAAGAAAAAUGAAUUAAUAUUUUAUAUGGCACCAGUAUUAUGUAGUACAUUUUCAGCGUUUUGUAUUGCUCGUAUUGUAUUUUCAGUGUUUGAGAUGACGGUUGAUGCACUAUUGCUGUGUGCUUGUGAGGACUACUUGAUGAAUGGUAGACAGCAGCGUUUUAUGAUGAAAUCUAAUCUUACAACACUAUUUAAUGGCAGAACAAACAGAAGCAGUCCUGUUAACACUAUUAAAAUCAAACGUUUAGUCAGACAGCCCUUUAGUAAGUGA